AUGAGCAGAAUCGAAGUGGACGAUCUCGUCGCCUCUUUCUCCUGCCAACAUAUCGGACAAGAACAGAUUGACUUGGCCAACCUACAGGCCCAGUUGCGGCAUUCGUUGCCAGCAUACAACCCAGCAGCAAUGACUGCAUCCACUCCCUCGCCCCUCCAAACCCCCUAUAAUCACCCGUAUCAUUCUCAACAACCCCCUCAGCAUUCGGGCGUGGCCAUUCAUAUUUCGUCCCACCACUACAGCUCUCCCAACGCCGGUACCGCCGUGACCCAUACCACUCCAGUCUCUACGCCAACUCAGACACUCACGCUGAAUGCACGGGACCAGCUUUCCACGGCUCAGAGCUCUCCUUUCCAUCCGAGUUUGGGUGGCCGAAGCCGCAGUACCAGCCGGACGCGGGGCGCAGCUCCCGCUGCCGGUGUACGCAACAGAAGCGGCAGCAUCAUGAACAUGGGAAGUAUUAGCCAGUCAGAUUGGGAUGAAAUGGACGAGGUGGAGGAAGAAUUGGGUAACGGCGAUGCGAUGGAUGGCGAGUAUGAUACAUGCGAGGCACAACAGCAUCAACAACAACUGCCUCAUCCUCAAUCUUAUUACAACCAUCAGCAACAGCAUCAUUACAUCCCUUCAACCCCUAAUCCAUCCUUCACUCGUUUAACAUCUGCACACCUGCAAUCAACGCCUACUUCUCAUCAAAGCGCUUUCGCAACAUCCGAUCCAUUCUACCUCGCUACGCUCAAAAGUACGCAAGCUACAACUGCGAGCUCCGCUACAUCUUUCCUCAGACCAGCUAUAGGAUUCGGAUCACAAUUUCCCACAAGUGCCUCAUCCAGGGCCCCCGCAUUCUAA